AUGACAUACUUCAACAAUAGUUUGGGCAGCUUCAUCGAGCACCGAGGACGCGCCUCUCGGGGAACUAGACUCGACCGUAUAAAGCUGGGCCGUAUAAAGCGCACCCAGGAUGCCAUACACGAUUCAGUAUCUCAUGCCAAACAAACGGACAAACUUCAUGCGAGAAUACUUUCUGUCGAGCAGCUGGAGCAUGAGCUAACCCCCAUGCAGGCCCACAUGCCGCAGGAGCGUCGUCUGCCAUUCGACAGUCGGGCAAUCGCUGAUGUCUAUCGUGUGGCCAGGAUAAGUCACAUUCAGCAGUUGCACAAGCUUUUGCUGUUCCACAUUAAGCUGCCACUGGUGGACGCUGAACAGUUCGAUGUCUACCAUCUGACGCCCAUACCAAGGCUAGAGCAAAGCGGCCUUCAGCUCUUCUACACAGAGACACCCAAUCUGGCCAUUAGCGACCAUCUGGACAGAUAUUUUCCCUUGCAGAAUGAGGAGCUGGACAGCUGCCUGGAGCUGCACCCACAAAGAUUUUUAUGCAAGUCGCAACAAAUCACAUUUGGCCGCGACUCGGGCUCACUGCCCUGCACACUGGCAGCCUUUCGGAAUCGCAGUCAAUCGGAGCUAUGCAGCCCUAGGCUGGUGAAGCAAAACUCUCUCUGGCUACCGCUCGCUGCAGCCAAUCGAUGGAUGGUGGCUGUGACCAAGGAGAUCUCCAAUGGCAGCGGCAUCUUGACAAUUCGUAGCGACUGCAUUGUGCGGAGUACAUCGGUGAUGCUGCAGGGCAUGCAGGAAAGAACUGAAAGUGGAGGAAGUUCCUAUGCGGCUCUCACAUUCCACGAAUUGGAUGAAGAUUUGGUAGAAGAGUCCUCAGCUGUGUCCAUUGUCGCUGCCGCCUGCUUGCUGGUGUUGCUCAUUGUUUGCGUCUCUCUCGGCUGGUAUUACUUCCAUCAGUGCAGAGUUCGUGCUGUUCCAGUGGAGGAGCCACAGACAACGCGGGAGGUGCGCUCCAACGAUCAGCCGCUGCUGGAGAAGCCAAUUGGGGAGUUUCCAAUAUAAUACAUGUUUAUUUUACUUGGGUUUU